UUUCUUCGCCAACAAUUCAAAAUACCACCCCCCAAAAAUAAAAACAAAGAGAUUUCAAAAGGUUUCAGACAAGCCCUCCAACAAUUCCAAAAUGUUUUCAAACCACCCCAAAACCCAGACCAAUAAUUUGACAAAUAUGCCCUUUCCUUUCAUACGCAUAAUUAACGACCAAGAGCAUUCCAUUAUGGUUUCGGCGCUUAAGCACGAAAUUUCCGGCGGAAUGGAUGGUCCCACAUUGGAAGAGUUUCAAUUACUAGAAGCCGUCCAUAAUGCCAUGUCAUCGCUUCCCUCGACCAGUGGAACCAACUACGAUCAAAAGGAUCAGCAGCAGCAAGUCACGUUGUCGUUUCCAGAUGGUGACAUCUGUCCAUUCUGCAAUAUCAACGGCUGUCUGGGCUGCAACUUCUUUUCGACGGCGGAUUCUAAUGAUGGAAAACGGGGUGGUAGCAAAACGACGGCGUCAGAAGCGAAGAGGAGAAAGAAGAACAACUACAGGGGAGUGAGACAAAGGCCGUGGGGAAAAUGGGCGGCGGAGAUCCGAGACCCGAGAAGAGCUGCUCGGGUUUGGUUAGGGACGUUCGAGACGGCGGAGCAAGCUGCAAGGGCUUACGACAAGGCGGCCAUUGAAUUCCGAGGAGCUAGAGCCAAGCUGAAUUUCCCAUUGAGUGACUACCACGAUGAGAAGCAGAGUACGACUGAUAAGGACAUGGAUACAGAGAGCCAGAAUAAGAAGAAAAGUAAGAAGAAGAAGAAGACGUUAAUGGAGGUUGAAGAUAAUAGGUGCAAAGAAGAGAAUGAGUUCUGGGAAACGCUUAAAGAAGAAGAGGAAUGUAUGAGGUUGAUGGGUUUUACUGUAUAAAAUACAUAAAAACCCAAAGUAGACAUAGCAAACUUUGUUCAUGUUAGCUUUAAUUAACCCAAAAAGGGAGAACAUAAUUGCUAGUUUUAGAAAGUUUUUGUUUUAGGAUUUUCACUCCGCGCUCGUGAUGGGGUAUAUUUUAAAAUUUCCAUCAUCAAGGUGCAACUUUUUCCUUUUUCAUUUUUUCUUUCUUUGGGGCUUGAGGUACUGUACUACCACAUCUGCAUAUAAUAAAUUUAUCAUAAUCCUUUUAUUUGAUUUUGAGAA